GUAUUUAUUUUUUUUAUGUUGGCUGCAUUGCGGCCGGAUGGUGUCCAUAUGUGAUAUGACUAAUACGGUAAAUAUACGCGGAAAAGAGAUUGGUUAUAAUGAACGCUUGUGUCUUUUAAAAGAUACGGCACAAAGAACUAAUAAUCAAACGUAACCUAAUUAAUCCGCUUAUCAUCAGCACAUAUCAGUGAGGCAUCGAACGUUUUGAGUCAGCAGAAUUGAUAUAUGCACACGUGUUGUCUAUUUGUAAUUUUAUGAGGAGUGUGCAGUGGACUCUCUGCGGAAGUGAAACAUGAUUGAAUAAUCAUAGCAUAUAUGUUUGCAACAUAUAUAGGAAACAUCUUCACCGGUUAUUAUAACAAUCAUGGAGACUAUUAAACAUUUGUGGAAUGUCAAUCAGUUUAUGACGAAGCUGAAGAGUCCUUUGACUACGGAAUUGCAAACAUUUUACAUGCAAAAAUGUAAACGUCUUCGUAAUGCAGUGGAAUUACCAAAGGAAAAUUUUGGACCAUCAGUAAUGUGUUCGCAUUGUGGAUCACUUUGGAGCACUGUUGAUCAUCAAGUUCGGAUAUCACGGGGUAGAAAAAUGUCUAAAUCAGUGAAAAAGAUUAUACAGCGUAUGAAUGAAAAUCCAAACCAAAAGAUCCCAAAAGUUUGUGCUACUUUGGCACAGAAAUCUAUAAAAAAUGAGAUGAAUAAAUUGGUCAUUAAGUGUUCGGUUUGUUCUAAAAAUACUGAAUUGUCAUUCAAAAAAGAAAGCAGACCAAAGCCAAUUAAAUUAAAUAAUUCUCAGAUAGAGACGCCGCAAACUAAUCUUAAGCACAAAAAGAAAAAGAAGAAAUCUAGAGACAAAACUGCUGGUUUGAAUAUUUCCGGUUUGAAUAUUUCCAGUUGUACACCUAAAUCACGAUUUGAUAAAAAAGAUAAUAGUAUAACAUCUACCAAAUCAUCUAUGAUUACACCUAAAAUAAAUAGUAACACAAAGUUGUCUAUUUCUACUAAAAAAUCCAAGAAAUUGAGUAUAGAACGGUUAAAGCAUAUCAUGGAAAAUAAUGCAACACCUACAAAUAGAAAAACCUUGCGCAAUUUUCUAGCAGAACUGUGAAAUUAUAGAUAGGUAAUAUUUUCGAUUUUGUAUAAAUAUUUAUAAAAUUGUAAAUAUUUCUAAAAAGUGUGUAUAGUGUAUA